GAUUCAUAAACCUUACCUUUCUGGAAUUAGCUGUCUAAGAAGUGGAGUUGUAUUCAUGAUGCUAAAAAUCAAGCUGAGAUCUUGGAUAGAGAAGAAAUGAACAGAUUAUACUUGAACAAUUCAUCAACAAUAUAAUUAAUCGAUUCUUUCUCCAUCUGAGGUUUCAGAUCAAUUUCUAGAAUCUAGCGUGGACACAAGGAUAAUUUAGACUACCAAGAUAAUACCUAGGAACUAGAGGAUUCAGAUUGCAGCAAGAGAUUCGAAAAAGAAUAAUUUCAAAGAAAUCAUGGCUACACGUUAUAUAGUACGAAGAGUCCUACGUUCUAUUAACGUUUAUCAUCACACUACAUGGUCUACAUGGAGCAAAUUUUCGAUAAACUCGAAAAACCUACAGAAUUUUGGGACAGGAAUCAUUACGGGACUGGCGACGUACAGCAUAUACAGUGAUGUAGUUCAGGCAGCGCAAAAUGAUUUGCAAAUUUAUAAGAAAACUUUUAUGGCAGAGCCUAUCACAGCCAUCGAACAAUUGCAGAAAAACCCGAACGAUAUGAAAACAAAAAUGGAACUGCUGGUGAUGAAGACUCAGGCAGACUUCUGCAGAGUUCUUGAAAAACUGGAGAACGGCAAUUCCUUCAAAGUGGAUCGCUGGACCAGAAAAGAAGGUGGUGGUGGUAUUACUUGCGUCCUGCAAGACGGACAAGUAUUCGAGAAAGCUGGUGUUAACGUUUCCGUCGUAACUGGCAUGCUACCACCGAAUGCUGUCCAACAAAUGAGGGCACGCGGCAAGAAGAUGGAAGACUCGGUGCCGUUCUUCGCAGCCGGUGUCAGCGCUGUUAUUCAUCCUCGCAAUCCCAUGAUUCCUACGAUUCACUUCAACUAUCGUUACUUCGAAGUGGAGAAUUCAGAUGGUACAACUCAAUGGUGGUUCGGAGGCGGUACAGAUCUCACCCCGUAUUACUUGAACGAGGAAGAUGUCAAACACUUUCAUAAAGCGCUAAAAACCGCCUGCGACAAGCACGAUCCUUCCUACUACCUGAAGUUCAAGGAAUGGUGCGACAAUUACUUCAACAUUGUGCACCGAGGGGAACGGCGCGGCGUGGGCGGAAUAUUUUUCGAUGACCUUGAUACUCCAAGUCAGAACGAGGCGUUUCAGUUCGUCACUUCUUGUGCUGAGGCAGUCAUUCCGUCGUACAUUCCUUUAGUAAAGAAACAUAAAAAUGAUGGUUACGGAUAUCACGAAAGGCAAUGGCAAUUAUUGCGACGGGGUAGGUACGUCGAAUUUAAUUUGAUCUACGAUCGCGGCACUAAAUUUGGCCUGUACACACCUGGUGCGCGAUACGAGAGUAUACUCAUGUCUCUGCCACUGAACGCCAAAUGGGAAUACAUGCAUGAACCUAAAGCCGGUUCGAAGGAGUUGCAACUUUUAGAAGUACUGAAAAAUCCGAAAGAUUGGUUGGACGAAGCAAAUUCGGACAAUGUGCAAGUAUAGGUUUUAAUUUCUCGAAGUGACUUUCGCGCGAUUAAAAAAAAUUAUGUAAAGGUAAUAUUAUAACAUAAUCUUAGUACAUAAGCGGGAUCUGAAAUGAUGGAACAAUAUAGAUUAAUAUUUUGAGAGUUAAUUUUUACAGAUGUAUAAAAACUUACUUUGUUGAUCAUGUGUUUAAUAGGAGACGAAAAGAAUGUGAUCUUUGAAGUGCCAAGUAUUAUCGAAUUAUGUAAAUAAAAAUGGACACAAUUUUGUACAAUAUACAUGUAUUAAUUAGU